CGGACUUAAUAUUUAAUCAGAAAAUUCAAUUCGUCAUUUUCUGUUUGACUUAAAGUGUUUUAUAUCAUUUGUGAACUAGUUCUUCUUGAACAUGUUGAAUGCUCUGAGCUUUUAUGGGUACAUGCGAUGAUGCGUACAGCUCAGAGGGUCAAUAGCUGGGAGUUGGAUUAUUGCAACUAAUUUGUGAACAUGGCAUUUCAUUAUCUCAGCAAUCUAACUAGAAGAUUACAGAGGUUUUUGUUCAUACAAUGCAGUCACAUAACUAAUGGCUGCCAUAAGUGCAACAAAUCAGGAUAUAUGUAAUACACCUUUACAAUAACUGAGAAAAUGAGUGAAAAGACCAGCUUUUCUGAGGAGGAAAUCGUAGAAGCGAUACAUGAAUGGCCUGUCACUGCCAGUGACAACCUGUAUGAUGAUGACCAGACAGAGAGAGCACACAACCCAGCAUCUGUCUCUUCAUUCUUUCUGAGAAAUGUUGGCAGAGCAAAAAAGGUUUCAGUAGCAGAUGAAGGCCAUGAUGCUGGUGGAGGGGAGGAGUUACUGGUGGAUACUGCCCUGGCAGUGUGGUGGAAGCGUACAGGGCGUCACAUGGUGGCCUUGUCUAGCCUUCCAAGCACGGACAACCCAGACACACUAAUCAGAUAUAUCGCUGGGACUGAUGAAGGCCUAGAUUUUAUGCAAGAUGAGAUAAAAAGACUACGAGGGAAGCUCUCAAAGGGCUCCAAGAAUCUCAGUGUCCCGUCAGCCCUGUCCUCCUUCUAUGAACGUCUCGGCAACUUGAGUCUUGCCAUGAUGCACCUAGAAACUGUCCUGCAGAAGACUCCUGAAGAUAAGGAAGCCAAAUGGCGCCACCAUAGACUGGAGCGCGCUGUCCAAUAUAGGCAAGCACAAGAGGAACGUCUCAUGAAAAUGGACCACAACUCUCACUCAGAGCUUGACUUUCCCAAGCCUAUUGAGGUGGACAGGGUGUCCUGCUGCAAGCUGUCCUAUGUGGACUUCUUCCACAAGUAUGCAGUGACCAGCACACCUGUGAUCAUCACUGGCCUGUCUGUCACAAGGGAGCCAUGGACCUUGGAGCAUAUAGCACAAGUUGCAGGAAACUGUAAGGUGACCUUGAAGACGCCGGUGAAGGAGUCAGUAAAGUGGGCACGUCUGGAGGACAGCGAGACCAUGAUUGUCAGGGAGUUCAUUGACCGUAUCCAUGACAAAAAAGAGGAUGCCAAGCCUCUGUACAUUUUUGAUUGGUCGUUGCCUAUCCAUUGUCCAGACUUGGCAAAGGGGCUAACGAUUCCAAAGUAUUUUGCAGGAGAUUUCCUGCAGCGAACAUUGCCAGGCAGUUUGUACCAAGACAGUUGGCCCAGCCUGUUUGUUGCUCCUGCUGGUGUUGUAAGUGAUCUCCAUGUGGACACUUUCGGCUCUAACUUUUGGAUGGCCCUUUUUCAGGGACGUAAAAGGUGGACCUUCUUUCCGAAGUCCGAUACAUCCCUCCUGUACCCGGUGUUCAGCACCCCCUGGGGCUGUGACCCCAACUUCAGCAUUGACCUGUCCAGCCCGGACAUGAAGCAGUUCCCGUUGUUGGCCCAGACCAGUCCUAUUCAGUGUGUGCUGGAACCUGGUGAAGUGUUGUUUGUUCCUGCCGGUUGCCCUCAUCGAGUGGAAAAUUUGGAAACCUCAGUGGCUAUCUCAGGGAAUUACGUUGACCUUUCAAACAUUGACCUUGUGAAAAGGGAGUUAACUCUUGCUGGACUUUUAGAUGAAAGGUCAUGUGACCUACUCGAGCAGUUUAACAAUCCAGAUUUUCCCAGCAAUCUGUGGAGCGAAAUAGAUCAUCUUCCUUAUGAAGAGUUUAAAGCCUGGGCAGAAUUGAAAGAACUUUAUGAGAAGUUUGACAUAACAUCAAAGACAUUGAAAGAGCAAAAAAUUGAUGUUUUUGAACAAAAAUAAAAUAGACUUAAA